AGCGCGGUAUCCAUCCGCUCGCGUUGGCCGGGGCUCCUUAGCUCCGCUCGCUGCGCUCGCAGUGGGUUUUGGUGUUGGCGACGGAAACACGGCGGAGCCUGCGGAGGGAAAGGGCAUGGCAUCCCCUGAGGCAAGGACAUGAGAAAACUGCCCCUGAUCCAAGCAGAGCAGGUUCAACUUCAGUUGCAGAUCUGGUGGCCUUCGAGGGGCUGAAGACCACCAUCCUCCACAGGGUUGCGCUCAGGCACACAGCCAUUCUUCUGAGAAGCAAAACAGUUUAGUGAGAAACUCCAAGACUUAGCAGAGCACAGUGAUCCUGAGGAGUUAAAAUGAAGGAUAACUGGUCACACUUGGACAUUAAGCUUACCUGAAAAAAAAGCAGAACUCCCAUAGCCUGGAAUUCCAGCUCUGGGUACUGCUUUCAGAGUUGAGAACCUCCACUAUACAACUGGACCAGACCCUUUGGAAUAUUCUGUGUCUUGAACUCCCUAUGGAGCAAACACUUAAUCAGUUGAUGACUAUAGAUUUUUCCAUCAGCUAAAGAGAAGGGCUUGCUUUAAGGCUGGUCACUUUCUGCAAGGAAGGAAAAGAGGAAGAGAUUGGCUCAGUUCUCUGCAGGACAGCCUGCUGUCUGCUGUAUAACUGAAUACCACUGGAACAGAGCAAGGAGGGGGAUAUUGCACCACAUCAGAGCAGAUUCACCGUUAGUGGCAGCUCUGGUGGCAUUGGAGUUGCUGCUGACCACCACCCUCAACAGAUCCGCACCCACCUGGGAACCAUCUCUUCUCCCCCAGCUUGGUUGUGCCUCUUCUGCACCCUGUCUAUAAUAUUGGCUGUGGCUGGUCUUGGGAAAGAGGCUUAUUGACUGCUGGACUGGUGAUUAACUCUCACUCUUAUUUCUGACUGUAUCAUCUGAAUCACUGAAGAAUCAGAGUGUGAAGAUACGUCUGUGGUAGAGGCUAAGACUGUGCUACUCAUAUUUUAACUGUGUCUUUUCUGUAACGGGUACUAUGACUGGGGCUGAGAUUGAACCAAGUGCCCAGGCCAAGCCUGAAAAGAAGGCUGGAAAAGAGAUUGGGGGUGGGGCUGAGAAUGAUGUCCAGAUGGUGGUCAGACCCAAGGUUAGGGCCCAGACCCAGGCAAUGCCUGGGGCAAGGCCCAAAACUGAGUCAAAGGCUAUGAAUGGGGCAAGGCCCAAAACUGAGUCCCAAGCAAUGUCUGGGGCAAGACGCAAAACUGAAGCCAGGGCAGUAGGUGGGGCACGUCCUAAAACUGAGGCCAAGGCAAUCCCUGGGGCAAGGCCCAAGGAUGAAGCCCAAGCUUGGGCCGAGGCUGAAUUUGGAGCUGAAGUAAUGUCCCAAAUAGAGGGCAUGCCCCUCACCAAUGCAGCAGCCUGGCCACUGGUCAGUACUGAGUCUGGAUCAGUUCCUAAACCCAUAGCCCUAUCUGUAGACAGGGAACUGUUAAAUAUGGACCCUGAGACCUUUCCUGGUUCCCAGGGUCAGUCAGGAAUUCAACCCUGGUUUGGAUCAGGGGAGGAAACUAAUAUGGGGUCUUGGUGCUAUCCCAGGCCCAGGGCCAGAGAGGAAGUGUCUAAUGAAUCUGGAUUCUGGUCAGCCGAUGAGACCUCUACAAUGUCUUCUCUCUGGGCUGUAGAAGAAUCCAGUAUCAGAUCAUGGCCCAGGGAAGAGCCCAAGUCCAGGCACAGGGCUAAACAUCAGUCUAGGCCCAGAUCCAAGCCAGAACCCUAUAUUGAUUCCUGGUCCGGGUCUGAGGAGGAGUCUGGCAACCCAUUCUGCUUGUGGCCUGGAGAAAAUACCAAUAACUUGUUCAGACCCAGAGUCCGGGAUGAGGCAAAUUCUAGGUCCAAACUCAGGACAAAGAAAGAGGACUGUUUUGAAUCUGAGUCUGAAGAUGAGUACUAUAAUGAGUCUUGGUUUUUGCCUGAGGAGAUGAUUAGUAGAUUCAGGUCCAGAGACAGGGAGGAGCCUGAUACUGUCUUGAAGCCCAGGGCCCAGAAAGAUGAUAACAGUAAUAGGGUCAAGCAUGAGCCCAAGUUUGAGGAGGAUGUCAUCAUUGGGUCCUGGUUCUGGGCAGAGAAAGAGGCUGAUGUGGAGGCUGGGGCUUCAGCCAUCUGUGAGUCCGUGCCAGGGGACGAGGAGGGGGCCAUUGGUGGAUCCUUGUUCUGGACGGAGGAGAAGUCCAGUUUGGGGGCUGUGGCCAGAGAGGAGACCAGGCAGGAGUCUGAAGAAGAGGCCAUAUUUGGGUCCUGGUUCUGGGAUAAGGAUGAGCCUUGCUUUGAUCUAAAUCCUAAUCCUGUGUACAGGGUUAAUUCCAGGUUCAGAGAUUUCGCUGAAGAGGGAAUUAAUACAGCAUCCAGACCUCGAACCUGGGAAGAGGUCACUGUUGAAUACAAACCUGCCCCUUAUAGGAUUGGCUUCCCAUCCGCAAGCUCCUUUAAAAUUUCUGAAGAAGCAUCCUCUGCAUUCAUUGAACUGUUUGAGGGAAAACCCAAUAAUGCGGAAGGGGAAGAUGAGGAAUCUUCCCCUCAGGCCAAGCAGGUCACAAUAAAGUGUGAAUCCUCCUACCGGUCAGUCACAGAAAUUCGAGAGCAUCUUAAGGCCAGGGAGAGUGCGGAGCCUGAGACUUGGUCUUGUAGCUGCAUACAGUGUGAACUUAAAAUUGGUUCUGGAGAGUUUGAGGAACUCCUCCUGUUAAUGGAAAAGGUUCGUGAUCCUUUUAUUCAGGAAAUAUAUAAGAUUGCAAUGGGUAUGAGAAGUGCUUCUCAGUUUACCCGAGAUUUCAUUCGGGAUUCAGGUGUUGUCUCACUUAUUGAAACCUUGCUUGAUUAUCCCACCUCCCGAGUUAGGACAAGAUUUUUGGAAAAUAUGAUUCUCAUGGCUCCGCCUUAUCCACAUCUAAACAUGAUUGAGACAUUCAUAUAUCAAGUGUGUGAGGAAACCUUAGCACAAGGCUUGGAUUCCCCUGAGCAACUGCUUGGAUUAAGGCUGCUUAGACACCUCACUAUGACUACUGCCUAUCACACACUGGUUGCCAAUUUUAUGUCUGAGUUUCUUUCCCUGUUAGUCACAGGAGAUGUAACAACCAGGUUUUUUGUUCUGAAAAUGCUGUUGAACAUGUCUGAAAAUCCUAUGGUGGCAAAAACACUAUUCAGUACCAAAGCUCUAUCGGUAUUUGUGGGUCUCUUUACCUUACAGGAAGCAUAUGAAAAUAUUCAAAUUGUUAUUAAAAUGUUUCGUAAUAUCAAUACUAUUAUAAGAAAUGGGACAAUAGCCUUAAUUGUUGAUGAUUUUAGUCCUGCGCCAUUUCUGACUGCAUAUCAACAAUUUGAGAAGUUAGCUAAGGCACUACAAACCCAAAUAGACAAUCAAAAGGAUCCUGAUGGAGGACAACCAAACUAAUAUAAUUAACCACCUGUCUCAUCAGCCUUGUGUUCCCAAAGAGCCCUGAGUAGUGCUUUGGUUUUCACCGUCCGGUUUUGUGUUGUAACUUAUAUUUUUAAUGCUGUUGUUAACUUUGUGCAGUUCUUGGCUUGAACUGGAUCAUUUUGUGGAUGCCAAAUGAAUAUUAGAGCUGAAAACAUAUUUGUUGAUAAUUGUCUUGCUGUCCAGAUUGCAGUAUUUUUCAGUAUUGAGCUUCCAAUGAACUGAGUUGCCUGUGUAAGCUACCCUGUUGUUUGUUGUUUAAACAUGUGGUUCUCUAUUUGAGUCUGUGUUUUCAAUAAAGUUCUGUGUGAAAACUG